AUGGCAGCAAAUGAGGAACUGCAAGCAGUGAAUUUGCAGAUGACAAAACUUCUCCAGCGGUUGGCCGUUCUACAGGCAGCAAAUCCAGAGCAAGUCUUGGAAUCGCUGUCCACCAACAUCAGCGAGUUCAGCCCGUUACUCGGAUUUGUUCGAAAGCGACACACGAAAGGCAAACAUCCGUUUUUCACAAGCGCUACCAGUGCCUACAGCUGCGGUCCCAAAGCACUACGUUAUGCGGACAUUCGAGCAAGACUGCUUUCCCGCAUCGAAGGAGGAACGGACGAAGCUCCGGUGACAAUUCAGACUCUUAUCGACGAGUUCCAGCGAAUUGUCAAUCUCAAGUCGGACACCACGAUGAUAGAACAUCCAGCAAAAAGUAAGUCCACCCCUCGCACUCCCUGCUGGCAGUGUGGACAAAUGCAUUUUGUCCGCGACUGUCCCUUUUCCGACCAUCUCUGCAAGGCAUGCAACCGCAUCGGUCACAAAGAAGGCUACUGUGGCUGCAUGAGAAAGUCAGGCGAUACUUCAACCAAACCCCAAGCGAAAAAGAAGAAGCACUUCCACAAGAAGGUUGACUCCAGAACCGAAGCCAAGGGUAUUUACGUGAACCACAUCACAAACAGUCCCCGCAAGCGCAGGUAUGUGACUGUCACCAUCGAUCAAGUCGCUAUUUCGUUGCAAUUAAAUUCCGCAAGCGAUAUCACCGUAAUUUCCAAAGCAACAUACCACCAGCUCGGUAAACCGAAACUUACUCCAUCAUCGAUUGAAGCAUCCAACGCAUCCGGUGGUCGACUCAAUCUCAUCGGCGAAUUCAAUUGCGAUGUCACCCUCAACGGCAUGAGCAAGAGUGCCUAUGCUUUGUUACGUCAUCACCAGACCUCAACGUGCUAG